AUGACGCAAAAUGGCAAGAGUUCCUUGAUCCAGCAAAUCUUACGAUAUGCUGGUGAGAAUGAGAAAGCCAGAAGAGUAGAAAUUGGCCAGGGAAACUUCUCUCAGACCCAGACCUGCUCUAUAUACGAUGUUGACGUUCCCCUGAAAAUCCACCGGCUGCGCCAAAUUGAUGGCCCUGAAGAUGAGUGCUGGAGAAAUGGCGAUUAUGUUAUCCCUGGCCAGGACCUCGAGUUCAAUGAUCUCGAAGAAUAUCAGUUUGGCCACGAUGUCCAGGAUUCUGGAGAGUGCCUGCCACUGCGACUCAUCGACACCCCUGGCCUAAGUGACUCUGGAAACGCAAAAUCUUCAAACUCGGGGAUGCGAGUGAUGGAUGAGCGCCAUAAGCUCAGGAUCCUCCUUACUCUUCAAGAGGUUGAGGACAUACAUGCCAUAUGUAUUGUUGUUCGGCGCGACACGAAUUAUGGAGGCGACUUUCAGGACCUUGUGCAAAGGAUGGUUUCUUUAUUAGGCUUCUCAGUCCCGUCAACAGCAUGGAAUAUGCAAUACCACAUCAUACAUACCAACAUUGAUGUAGAUGAUCGUGGAGAUGGCGUGUGCAAAGCUAGGCAGGACAAUUUCGACGGGUUUGGGCCUCCCGGCGCUAUUCACCACUUCGUCGAUAACACCCCUCAAGAGGAAGUUCUUGAUCUUUAUUUCGCGAACCACUCUCUGUCCUCGCUAUUCAAUUCUCUAGCGGUUGGAUCUCCAGUAAAAUUUUCAGAUCUGCGCUAUGCCAAGUCUCCUGAGCAUGAGUGUAAUGACGCAACAUUAAUUCACGCGCUGGAAUGCGCAAAGGAUGAAAUGUGUACGGAGAUUGAUGAGUUGCGCAGGAAGAUCGUGGCAUUAGAAAACGACAUCACCGACUAUACCUCCAGAGUAGAACGCAGUGAGACGCUGGUGAAAGAUUUAGAAAAAAAGAUCGAAGAGAUCGACUGUGACACAUUGAGCCAGAUUGAUGGUGCAUAUGAAGAAGGUUGGACAGAGACAAAUAUCGCGGGUGGCGGCCAUCGAUAUUUCAGCUUUCAUACCACAGUACCUAUCUCAUACAUCGACAAGGACCAAGAUGGAGAUGGAGACUGGGUUGACGAACACCGUGAAACGACGUUUUAUCGGGUUGUGCUACAACCUCACUGGCUCCUCAAGGCAUUUGGCCGAGUCACCCUCUUUGCUAAGAAGAGGGACAAGCACGAGAGUGACAUCACGGCACUGAACUCUCACCUAACACCUGAAAAGAGACGAUUGCAAGAAAAUCUGGACAGGAUUUCGAGGGCAACGAUGCAAAUAUUAGGUAUCGAAUCCCAAAUCAUUGAGAAGGGUUCAAAUAUCAAAACCCUGGUUGGUGAUUUGGAAGUUGUGCGGAAAUCGCAUCAUUCGAUUUCGCUAGGCAAAUCCCAGGAAUUGAUCAAGUUCUUCACUGUGGACAGUCCCCUCUCAGCAGCCUAUGGCUACCAACUUAAAGCAAAGAUCCCCUGGACAGUGUGGCCACUGAACAAACUUCCAAAACAAUCGUUCAAAUCAGUUUUACGAAGAGAACUCAAUGAAACAAAGGCGAGGAUGGAUAAAUCCAAAGAAUCAUAUAAGACCUUGCCUAUGCAAUUAAGCAUAGCGCAAGGAGUCAGCGUCAUCAUGACUCAAUUGAAACAUCCGCCCCUAGGAGCGGCGAAACUGAAGUCAGCAAUUGAGAUGCUUCAUCAUUGGCAGCGGGCGUCUGCUCGGGCCGAAUCUCAACUGGGAAAACCAGGUUCAAAUAGCUUGGGCGAGCUGAUGAAGAAACUUGAAAAGUUUGAAUCGAGUGCCUUAUCCUGGCCUGUAUCGACCAUCCGGCCAGGGAGCGAGGACAUCAGGGAGGAGAUCUUGAAGUUUUCCAGAGUAGUUAACAUAUUCGAACAGGAAGUAUUUGAUACCAGCCAUGCGGUAUUCAAGGAAUUGCAAAACGCAAUUUUGGAUCACAAGGCAGCUCAGGUGGCGAAAGAUUAUUUAAACCAGGAUGAUGGGCUCCCGGUCGGCGCUUUCGCAUCCCUGACUCGAGCAGCGCCAAGAGGCGAUGGAGAAGAAGCAUAUCCCACGCUACUGUGUGAGUUGAAAGAGAUCGGAGAGUUGGGGGAAAUGGCACUUGAGGAAUGA